AUUUCAUAAGGCCAAUAAAAUUUCAGCUAAGCUUAUUCAUCAAAACGAGCUUGAAGUGAGUGGUUGAGUCAGCGAUUAACUCGCAGAAUUGCGCUAUAAGAUGAGAAAUGUUUAAUUCAUACAUGCGUAAAAUAUCAGUAUAUAUUCAAAGAGCAUAAAAAUAUAUGAAUUUUUUUUGAAAUGUUACACUUUAAUUUGAUCGCCGCAGUUUGUCAGAAUUCUGGAAUAGGUUUGAAUGGAGACUUACCAUGGAGUUUAAAGUCGGAAUACGAAUAUUUUACGCAAACGACAAAACGACGAAGUGAUAUCAUAAAGCACAAUGUUGUUAUAAUGGGACGGCUUACUUAUUUAAGUAUACCCAAACACGAACGACCGCUUGCAGAACGCAUUAAUGUUGUUUUAAGUACAACUUUAUCGCCAAUUGAUCUACCGAAAGAUGUGCUUUUGUUUCCUAAUCUGGAGUCGGCAAUGAGGCGAUUGGAGCAAACUGAUUUAUGUGAACGUAUUGAAACGGUUUGGAUAGUUGGCGGUAGUGGCAUUUACAGAGAAGCUAUGUCUUCACCGCGGUGCCAUCGUCUCUAUAUAACAAUCAUUAAACAACAUUUUAACUGUGAUGUAUUUUUCCCUAAAAUACCAAACUGUUUUAAGGAAAUAGAACCGGAUCCGGAGACGCCAUUAGGUGUACAGGAGGAACAUGGUGUGCAAUAUGAAUACAAAAUUUUUCAGAAGUAAUCAAUACUGUUAUUUAAAAAUAUAUAUGAAUAAAGUUGAUAUUAAUUCAAAACUAAAAAAAUAA